AUGGCUCUGUAUGAAGCUUUAUAUGGCAGGAAGUGUAGGUCUCCCGCCGGAUGGUUUGAAGUCGGAGAAGCAAAUGUAUUCGGGCCAGACCUUGUUCAUCAGGCCAUUGAAAAGGUGGCUUAUGAAUUGGAGCUGCCAUUAGAACUGCAAGCGGUUCAUCCAUUUUUUUAUGUGUCCAUGCUGAGGAAAUGUAUUGGAGAUCCCUCCAGAAUUGUACCUGUUGACUAUAUACAAGUUACAGAAAAUCUGACAUACGAGGAAGAACCAAUUGCUAUUCUCGACCGACAAGUCCACAAACUCAGGAAUAAAGAUGUGGCUUCAGUAAAGGUUUUAUGGAGAAGUAAAGAUAGGGAAGAGAUGACGUGUGAAGCAGAAGCAGAAAUGAAGUCCAA